AUGGCCGCCGACUUCACUCAAGAGACCAUUCUGGACUUUUUGAGGGAGCGAGGAGGCAAGGUGAAGAACACGGAUUUAAUUGAGCACUUCAAGGCCGUGUUCCCGGAGGACCGCGAGAAGAAGGCGGCCGUCAGGAACACAUUUAAAAACUACGUGGACAACGUCGCUUUUGUAAAAACCGAGAGCAGCGAAAAAUACGUCUGCUUGAGGAAGAAGUUUCUCGGUUCGGCAAAGGAGCAGCGGGGCUCGAGUGUGAACGGUGAAACUGACCCAGGGCAAGUUUCGAACGAGCGGAAUCCGUUGAGCCGUUACCCGUCAGGAGCGCACCGCGCGGACUGCGGGCAGGUACGCGGUGAUGACGCGGAGGAGGACCCAGCCCUCCCUCGCUCAGCGGGGCAACCAACACCUGGCUCAGGUUACGGAAAUGACAGCGGGGAGAGCCAAGUUCCGCCCGAAUCUUCUCCUGCAGCGAGGAAAGCAGGCGACAGGAGAGAGCGUGACGAGUUCGUUUGUGUGGUUGAGGAGGCGGAAAACAGCUCAGGUGAGAUGGGAAACCGAGAAAGCUUCCGAAGAGGGAGUAGGGAGUCCAAGAAGGAGGAGCAGCAGGGGGGGAGAGCGCCUGAGAUACCAGAUAUUGCAGUGAUUGAAGCCUCACCUCUCCCUGCAGAGGGAUCUAUGUUCACCCUGCCUGGGCCUGUACAAACCGGUACAGCAGGACAGGUAGACACGUCUGCGGCUGGGCUGAAUCCCAGAGACAGACAGGUUGAGACUCUUUUGCCUGAAGGCCCUCAGGAAAUGGAGCAGAAUAAUGUGGUGAUCAGGCACCAGGCAAGAGGUUCCCAGCGCAGAGCCAGACCGCUGCCGGCAGACGAAGGGGAGGACGAACAGCAGUCGGAUGCGCAGAGCUUGUCCGAGUUUGGGAGUGAAGGCUCCCCCAAAGGCAGCCGCCAACACUUCAUCGAGGUCAUGAUGAACAGCUCCCCCCAGGUGAGGCGCAGCAUGGUGCUGCGCAGCUCGGUCAGCCUGUCCAACAAAAGUGACAGUGACUCGCUGUCCUUGACCUCCUUCGUGGACGACGACAGGGCCUCGGUCACCCUGGACCCGCUGGAGCACGAGUGGAUGAUGUGCGCCUCGGAUGGCGAGUGGUCGAGCUUGCACCACCUCCUCGACUCUGAGCCCAGCCUGGUCCUGAGGAAGGAUUUCGUCACUGGUUUCACCUGCCUGCACUGGGCAGCCAAGCACGGCAAGCCUGAGCUGAUAGCGCUGAUCAUCAACUUCGCCAAGCAGCACAACGUUCCCAUCAGCGUUGACGUGCGAUCCAACUCCGGCUACACGCCGCUGCACAUAGCUGCCAUGCACAACCACAUGGAGGUGGUGAAGCUCCUGGUGGGGGCCUACAAUGCAGAUGUGGAACUCAGGGACUACAGCGGGAGGAAGGCCUGCCAGUACCUCACUGACAACGUGAGCGUGGACAUACGGGACAUCAUAGGAGCGUACGAGCGUUCUGACUCAGCGAGUGCAGACCGCAGAGACGGUGGUCGCUGGAGGUUCUCUAAGGUUCUCCAGUCUAACCUCAGGCCCAGCAGGCUCCUCAGCCCCAGUGACUGUGACUCUGUGGAUGGGGAGGUUCGAUACAGAGAGAAACCCGUCAGGAGGAAGUCAUCAUUCAGAGGGGUGAAGCCCAAACUGGACAGGCUCCGCCUGAGGACGUCGCAGAUUGUCCACAGCGUGUCGUUCCGUGACACAGAGGAGCUGCAGUCACUGAGAGAUUCCUUUAGGUCCAGACCCAAGACUCAUUUCUUUGGGUGA